AUGUUGAUCAGACUAGAACAGCGGACCAGGGUUCGAAUCCCGCCUGUAGCAACAUGCCUCUUGCUGCUCCUCAGCUUCACAAGCCGAACAUCCACCCAGGACCCGCGCAGUUCUGCCAAACGCGACGCGUUCGCCACCAACACAAAAUACGACUCUUCUUUCACCUGGCACGAGAGGACCGAGAGAGACAGAAUUCCGUCAGAAACAUGCCCGCAACUCCGCCAAUGCAAGCCCAUCCACCUUAGCAUGCUCGUGAGGCAUGGGACGCGGUACCCGAAAAAGCCCGACAUCAGCAAAAUCGACUACGUGGUUUCGUCAAUCCGACACUACGGCUCGAAAGAGAAGGACAUCGUGAACAUGAUGAGGCGGUGGCAGAACUCUUUUGAGUGGCAGGACACCAUGAUGCUCGCAGAAACCGGGAAGUUCGAGAUGGAAGAACUCGCUGGCCGUAUCGUCCAUCGCUUUCCCACCAUAUUCCACGGCGCAAAAUCCGACAGCCUACGAUUUGUGAGCAGUACAACAAACAGGACAUUAGACAGUGCCUCUGCGUUUGUAAGUGGAGUAUGGAACGGGUUGAAAGAAAUAAAAUCAGGUGAUAGCUUAGACGACCCCAGGAAACUUAAGACUGAUGCAGGCGCUCACACAGACAAGCUGUUACGCUUUCUUGAGAAGUGUAAGAAGUGGUCAGAAGAAGUUGAGGGAAGCCCAGAAGCCUUACAAGAAGUCUCAAAGUUUCUGGACGGUCCUGAGCUCAGAGGUGUGCUGAAGAACAUCACGUCACAGUUAGGACCUUCGGUACUGCUGGAUUUCUCCACUGUUCACCUGAAGGUGAUGUGGACCAUCUGUGCCAUGGAGACAGCUGUUUACGGAGGCCGCUCCAUCUGGUGUGACCUGUUCACACCUCAACAUCUACAGGUGCUUGAGUACCUGUCUGACCUGAAGUCCUACUGGAAGCAUGGAUACGGCCACAGGCUGAACUACAGACCUGCAUGUCAUCUGCUGAAGGAGAUGCUAAAACCUAUGGAGGGCUUUGUCUCGGGAAACGAGAGCAGCUUGAGAGCACAGUUCCUGUUCGGCCACACAGAGACGCUGGUUCCCCUCUACAGCCUCCUGGGGUUAUUUAAGGACACGACCCUUCUGAGGGCAGACAACUUUGCCAAGCACACGAACCGCGUUUUCCGUACAUCUCAAAUUUCACCGUUCGGAGCAAACCUCGCUCUUGUUUUGUACAAGUGCGACGGUACCUCCCCAUGGUCAAAGUUCAGGGUGAUGAUGAUGGUGAACGAGCGAGAGGAACAUUUUCCCGGAUGGCAUCAGGUUUCGUGCCCAUACGAGGUUGUUAGGAUGUUGUAUAAGGAUGCUCUUGAACAUUGUGAGGACACAUGCAAUACUAAAUCAGAUGUAGGUAAUAACGAAAAUGAUCAUCCAGAGUUGUAACCCGAAAUUGUCCAAUAUAGAAAAUUGUAUAAAUAGUUUGGUCAGUAUUUUUGUAGACCAUGGCUAUCAUUAAUGUCUUAUCGAUGUAUUCUGGUGCAAUUUGUACAGUGUUAUAUACCACAAGUAUGUAGAAUUGCUGUAUUGAUAGCUGAACCACAAUAAACCACAAUAAUUGUCAAAUAUGAAUAUUAUAGAACAACAGUCUGG